AUGACUGCAUCAUCUUCUUCUCAACGUCUCAAAGGUAUUCUUGCAAUAACUGUACUUAAAGCAAACAAUUUAAUGAAAAGUGAUUGGUUUGGUGAAAACGAUUGUUAUGUCGUCAUCUCAUUUGAACCACUUUCAACAGAAGCAAAAGUAAAGGUCGAGAACAGAAAACAACAAACAGAAAUGUAUCAAAAGACACAGAUUCAUGAUGGCUCGAAUCCAGUUUUCAACGAGAAACUUUUAUUUCCCGUAGCAGACGAAUUACAAACAAUGUACGUUCAAGUAUGGGAUUCUGAUAUUGGUAAAGAUGAUCUUUUAGCUCAUGGAACAUUGAAUUUGCUUGAUGAUGAACAUGGUGGUCGAUUCAAUACGACUACAGACAAAGAAUGGCUACACACGGUAACUCUAUCAAUGCUCAAUGAAAAGGGUAACUUUGGUGGCACAUUAGAAGUUGUACUUCAUUUCAUUCCUGAAACAGUCAUUGUGUAUAUGGAGAAGAAAUUCGAUGCUACUCAAGCAGAACUCAAGAAAAAAUUAACACAAAAAAUAGUAGCAAAAAUGACUGAUGUUGCCACCGACAAAAUUCAAGGAUAUGUUGGAAGCGGUAUUUAA